UAUUCCAUGGCAGUUAGGGUCCCUGUUCUAUUGAAUGGGUUUUUCUUUCCUAGACCCCGGGGAAAAUGGUGGCAACUACUCUGCCUGAUGAAAAUAUUUAAAAGAUGAGGGACAACUGAACCUAACAAGGGAAAGGGGCGAUGGGGUGGAGGAUAGAAGGAGAUACAGGGGGUGUACAAGAUGGGAACAGGGGACUCUAGGGAUGAGUUCCCUGGGUCAGGAGGAGACAGGAAUGAGCAUCAGCGACCUGGAAAGCCAGGAGGGGGUUGGGGAGCAGGAUAGGGCGGAGGUGAGCCUGGAAGAACAAUAUGAGAAGCAUUAUUCAGUCCCGGACUCGGCCAAUGCUAGGCAGAUGUCCAGGGAGGGACAGAGGGACUCUCUGUUGUCCCUGCAAUGGAAAAUGAAACACAGCUCCCGCUGGAUAGCGCAGGCAUUGGCCUCAGAGCUCAGCCUGAUCGCCUUCAUCCUGCUGCUGGUCAUGCUCUUCUCCAAGAAAUGGCUGUAUCUCUCCGGGAGCCGCUACUACCAGCGCUGGCCCAUGAAUGUUAGUACCACAAUCUAUACAUCGGCUCAAAUUAUGUCUAUGGGGCUUCUGCACAUCUCCAUAUCCAACAGGUGUCCCUGCUCAGAGAAUGGGAAAGACAGUUUUAAGCUGUGGACAAAUCACCCAAUAUUUGGGUUGGCCAAGAUAACCUUCACCCUCGCCCUAGGGCUGGGCUUCAUCCUCACCAUCUGGUUGCACCUGCCGUACCUACCUGUUUGCCCGAAACUGCCCUUCUUUGGCUGGAUUGGGAUUGUCAUGAGCUUCUCUGAAGUUACCUUCAUUUUCUCCACCCUCAUGUUGUUUCCUAUUAACCUCUGGAUUUUUGAAUUGAAGAAGAAUUUGUCAAUCCCCAUUGGCUGGAGCUAUUUCAUUGGUUGGUUGGUGUUUACCCUAUAUGUCACCUGUGGGAUCCUCUGCUACUUCAACUACAAACAUUUCUGGAGUCUGAUUCAGAUCCAUCCUUCUGACACCGAUUCUGAGUCUAUCAGCAGUAACUACAGCGAAUCACACACUGAACAGAUUACCUCAAACAUCUUAAAUGUCUCUGUCAACCAGGAGGAAGUCCUGGAUCCUGGGCAAAGGAAAUCAUCUCUGGAUUCUGAGUCAGAGAAAGCAUUUUCUGAACCCCUGGAUUCUGAGUCAAAGAAGGCAUUUUCUGAACCCCUGGAUUCUGAGUCAAAGAAGGCAUUUUCUGAACCCCUGGAUUCUGAGUCAAAAAAGGCAUUUUCUGAACCCCUGGAUUCUGAGUCAAAAAACAAAUUUACUGAACUCCCAACACCAAAUUCUGACCAUUCACCUGAAUCUCCCUCCUCAUCCAUUCCUACAGCCCUUGAGUAGAUAAGCCAUUAUCAAUGCAAAGUAUUAGGGAGGAUUUUAGGCCAGCUUUUAACAGCCCUUCCUUGUUCCUGCCUUGCCCACAAGUUGGGAGAUAAAUUGGAAGUUGGAAUAAAUUCUCUUGUUUAUCAUAUCCUGCAGUUGUUGAAACAAGACAACUUAAAGGAGAGAAAGGGAGAACAAGUUUCU